CACACACACAUAUCGCUGCUGAUCAGGAAACUAAACGCUUUCAUUUUGCGCUGUCUUUUUUUUUCUCGAUCUUCGCGGACGUAACCGCUCGCAGAAACUUGUCAACAUGGUUAAAGUUUCUUUCAACAAGGCUCUCGCCUUAAAGGAUCCGAAGAAGGAAAGUCUCAUUACUGGUGUACAGGAUCCUGAGGCAGCGGUGUUGGUGCGUUCUCAGUCUAGGGUGUGGUGCUGGUGCUUCUGUCUGGGAUUGGCUCUUGUUCUGUCUGGUUUAGUGGGGGGAGGAGCCUACCUGUACAGAUACUAUGUGCCUGAGGAGGAGCAGGUGUUCGUCUGUGGAUUGAAUUACUUUGAGGAAGAAUAUGAUUUUGAUGAGGAGUUGGAGGUUGAAGCACCGCUGAGGCUGAUUGAAGAGAAUGUGAGCUUUUUCGAAGACGAUGAGGCGGAGCUCAUCAAAGUACCGCUUCCUGAGUUUGCAGACGGCGAUCCAGCUGGCAUCCUGCAUGACUUUACCAUGAAACUGACUGCUUAUCUUGACCUAAAUCUGGAAAAAUGCUACAUCAUCAACCUGAACACAUCUGUUGUCAUGCCGCCCAGAGAUUUCCAGGAGUUCCUGGCCAACAUCAAGGCGGGAAUGUAUCUUCCCCAGACGUACCUCGUGCGAGAGGAGAUGAUGAUUACAGAGAGGCUGGACAGCACCAGUGAUCUGGGUUAUUACAUCAAUAACAUGUGCAAAGACAAAGACACGUACAGACUGCAGCGUAGAGAAACCAUACUGGGUAUGCAGAAACGCGAGGCUCUGAACUGCUACAAGAUCCGCCAUUUUGAAAACAAGUUUGUCGUGGAGACUUUGAUCUGCGAGCCAUGAAGAACGCGAGUCUUUUACACAACAGCAGAUCUUCAGCCCUUCCUUUCAUUCAGUAAAAGGUUCUUUCGUUCCCGCUUGAUUUUUCAUAGGCCUUUUUCACUUUUUUUUUAAAAAUCUAAAAUGUGAAAUUGUCUCAUCUGGACAAAGAUGUAAUUACGUUUGAGUGUAUGUGGAAUGCGUCUUACGCUUUUUUAAAAACAGACUUAAUAAAGGGGAAUAUUGUGCACAAUUGAACAAAAAAGGAUUGACAGUAGCCUAUAUAGACCCCCAAUCAGAGGUUGAACUAUGUCAUUUAAUAAAUAACUGUUUAUUCCCAUGAGUUUGCUGGAAAAGUAGUAUUUUUUUUUAUUUGUUGUAUUUAACAUUUUCAACGUCUGCUGUAUUUAAAUUUGAUACCAUUUCAAAGGUUUCAUCAAACUGGUGUGUAAUUUGGACCACAAUGUUGCAGUUUCACUAUUUGAAGUAUUUGAAUUAGCAUUUAAUUCGUGUUUUUUAAUGUUUAAAAUGAACUGAAAAAGCAUACACUUUCUUUAAAAUUCGUUUUGGUUCUUUGCUGAUUUGUAUAUAAGCAAAACAUUUUUCUUUCUUUAGAUAAGCUUCAUAUAAGAAACCAAUAAAAUCAGAAAAAUCA